AUGUUGCGCUACUUUCUUCCUAUCGUGGCCGGCACGGCCGUAUUGGCUAAGACUGAUAUAGAGGGCUGCACCUCCUUCACCUCGACCGUCACCAUCGACCCCUCCCCAGGAUAUGGAAACACCUAUGAGACCGUCAUCUGGUACGUCCCCGACACGCUGGAGAUCUGUAAGGGCGUCGACUGCGGCGGCGGCCGCGCACCGCCCCGCAAAGUCCCUGGCUGCCCAGCUUACUCCGGUACGGAGACCAUCACCGCUAGCUUCCUCGCGGCCAAUCCAGCCGCCAAGCCCACGGCCGCGCCUAAAGUUCUCACUACGAUGACAAGCGGGACUCACAAUGAUGGAAGAAACACAAAGGUGAGCGUGACACCGACGCGGAUCAUCACGAUCGUCACAGUCGCCACUGCGUCUGGGUUUACGGGAGACGUCAAGUGGACGGGGCAAGCAAGCGGCACGGAGCAUGUGUCUCAUUCGCAGGCUGAACAGAGCGGUUCUACGGGUGGUGCGCCAAAAGAUGAUGGGACGGCGGUGACUACGGAUGCUGCUGCGACAGUGACUACGGAAGCUGCUGCGACAGUGACUACGGAAGCUGCUGCGACAGUGACUACCGGAGCGGCGGGUGCGAGCGGUACCCAGGGCGGAGCGGAGGGGGCUUUGAGUACGGGGGUUCCGGCGGGGGCGGGGCCGACGGCUCGUGCGGGCGUGGCGGCAGCCCUCGGUAUCGCUGCCGUCAUUGUAGCGCUUGCAUAA